ACUUUUACCUUGUUGAAACCAGAAACAGGUGAGGUACUUAUUAUAAAGGCUGAAAUGAAUGCUACUAUUAUAGAAAGUGAAACAGAGGCUGGGGCCGAAAAACUUUUGGAAGGAGAAUCAAUAGUUAAAGAAAUAGAUUUUGAGGCAGCAAAAACUAGUAAAACACAUCAAAGAGAGAUGAAACCUCAGAAAAGUAGACCAACAAAAAUUAGGAAAAUGGGUUAUCUUUUAAAAGAAGGGGAGCAUUUCAAAAUCAGAGAAGAUGGGGUAUUCAAAUACAAAUGUUUGCUCUGUGGAAAGAUUUUUCAAUACAGAAAUCAGUUCGAAAAACAUGCACAAACAGUUCAUUUUAAACUUCCUUGUUAUGUCGAUAGGUCAAGGUUACGUGUACAUGGUGUAAUGACCCCUGAAGAAACAUGGCCAUGUGUACGUAGGAUGACUUCUGAAACAGAUGAUCUUCCUGACACUUAUGAUGUUAAGAUAACAAAAAAAACUGAAUCUGACAUGGAAACUUCUUUUGUCCUGUAUAACCUAGAAACAAAAGAAAGCAAAGAAAAAGAGAUAGAAUAUACAAAGGUGUGUGACCAAGUUCAAGGUCAUCCAGAAAAAGAAAAGACUCAAAUAGGACAUCCUGUAUUCAUGUAUAACCAAGUAACUGGGGAAUUACAGAAAGUAGAAAUUGAAAUAGGGACCAGCAGAACAUCUAAUGGCAAAGAAAUUAGGACCAAUAGACCUUCUGAUGGCAAAGCUUUAGAAGCCCAAUCUGCUUUUCGAAACCUUUUAAUAAACAAAAUGAUAAACAGGUGCAUAACUGAUGUUAGAAAACAAGAGAACAUAUUUCCAAUAAAGAAUUCUGGGUUACCUGAGGAGUACAAUCAAAGUUAUACAGCGUCUACUGCAUCUAUUGAUGAUGAUGGUCCAAGUCAAACUACCAUAGAGGAUCAAGUUAUCUUGGUUGAAGAUUCUAACCGCUCAAUAAAAGAGCAAAUUCAGGAGAUCAAAGAGAAAAACUGGCAUAAAUAUAAUUAUGCAUGUGGCAAUUGUACAAGUGCUUUUCCUAGAAUGAUUGACUUAAUCAAACAUCAUAACACAUGUGAAAGGGAAGUAACUACCUUUCAUGCAAAAAAAUCUAAAUCUCAAGUGGAGAGUGUGGAUUUCGUACAGAAUGGAACAAAUAUGCUUCCCUGCUCUGAUUGGCUGAUACAUAAAAGUAAAGGUGAAAGCAACGUAACUUGUGAUAUUAAUGCAAUGAAUUCUAAUUCUCAGGUAGAGAAUGUGGAUAUUCCGCAGAAAGGAAGGAAAAGAAAGAUAGAAAAAAAGCAUCCCUAUUCAUGUUGUAAAACAACUUUCUCUACAGUGAAUUCUUUACUGCAACAUAAAAAUGAAUGUGAAAGUGAUCAGGUUAAAAAGGAAGAGGAAAAGGAAGACCACAAAUCAGAAAAAAUCAACACAAAUUACAGACAUUUAAUAACUCAGUUUAAGUUGAGUAAAAAUGUACAUUUUGAAAUUAUAAAAACUGGUUUUGGUACUGUGAGGUGCAUAUUAUGUGGGGAGAAAAAUGAAUGUUUUGAGGAUUUUUCUCUUCACGCUAAAUCCAAGCACUUUCCUUAUCAGUGUCUUGUCUGCCCAGCAUUCUUCGCAAAUAUGGAUGAUUUGUGGCAACAUUCUAUUGCCUGUGUGUAUAUAAAGGGUCAAGGAUAUUGCUGCCCGGUCUGUCGGAAAAUACUUCAUUCAAGCAAGCAUCUGCGUGUUCAUUGUGAAGAAAAUCAUACAGUGUAUAUCUGUUUUCUAUGUAAUUCAGAUUUUAAGGACCAAAAGACUCUAGAUUUACACAGGCAGACAUGUUCUUAGAAAUAUUUAUAUAUAUUGGUAAAAUAUACUGUGUAUUCAUUUAUUUUCGUGGGUACCAAUUUUCGUGGAUUGAGGAAAACUUGCAUUUUCGUGGAUAUUUAAUUUCGUUAUUUUGCAUGUUUUGGCAAAGUCUGCAUACAUUCCUCUGUAUUCCUUUAGAAAAUUUAUAAUUCGUUGAACAUUUAAAUUCUUGGUUCCCCUGUUCCCACAAAAUCCAUUUUAAUUUUUUAGUAUCAACUGACUGUAGCAUAGCAGACACUGACAGAAUGUGACUGUAUCCUGAAUAUUUGUGCUCAAAACACUAACAGAAUGUUAUUUUGACCUGACUCUAUGUGUUCUACAUAUACAAAUGAUAGACAUAAUGUGACUGUAACCUGAUUGCAAGUGUUCCACAGAUGACAGAAUAUUACUGUGACCUGACUAUGUGUUCAACACACUGACAGAAUGUGACUUUGACCUGACUAUAUGUGUUCUACAUGUAUACACAAAUGACAGACAAUAAUACUGUCACCUGAUUGCAAGUGUUCCACAGGCAGAAAUAGUGUGUAAAAUGUAACUGUGACCUGACUACGAGUGUUCCUCAGAAAGACAGAAUGUUGCUGUGACAUAUGACUUCACAUGUUUGACACAUACAACUGAUAGGCAAAAUGUUGCUGUGAUAUAUGACUUCACAUGUUUGACACAUACAACUGAUAGGCAGAAUGUUGCUGUGAUAUAUGACUUCACAUUUUUGACACAUACAAAUGAUAGGCAGAAUGCUACUGUGACAUGACUUCACAUGUUUGACACAUACAAAGGAUAGGCAGAAUGUUACUUUGACAAGACUUCACAUGUUUGACACAUACAAAUGAUAGGCAGAAUGCUACUGUGACAUGACUUCACAUGUUUGACACAUACAAAUGAUAGACAAAAUGUAACUGUAUCAUAACUUCACAUGUUUGACACAUACAAAUGAUAGACAAAAUGUAACUGACAUGACUUCAUAUGUUUGACACAUACAAAUGAUAGAAAAAAUGUACUGUGACCUGAUUGCAAGUGUUCCACAUACAGAAUGUGACUCAAGUGUUCCACACAGAAUUGACUGCUACCUGACUGCAAGUGUUCCACACAAAAAAUGUGACUAAGACCUGACUGCAAGUGUUCCACAGGUAAAUAUAAUGUUACUGUGACCUAACUGCAGGUUUUCCACACAUAGACAUAAUGUGACUAUGACCAGCUGACUGCAAGUGUUCCACACACAAAAAUGUUACUAUGACCUGACUGCAAGCGUCCACAGGUAAAUAUAAUGUUACUGUGACCUAGUUAACUGCAGGUUUUCCACACAUAGACAUAAUGUGACUAUGACCUGACUGCAAGUGUUUCACAGGUAAAUAUAAUGUAACUGUGACCUAACUGCAGGUUUUCCACACAUAGACAUAAUGUGACUAUGACCUGACUGCAAGUGAUCGACACACAGAAUGUGACUGUGACCUGACUGCAAGUGUUCCACAGGUAAAUAGAAUGUUACUGUGACCUACCGGUAACUGUAGGUUUUCCACAUAUAGACAUAAUGUGACUAAGUCCGGACUGCAAGUGUUCCACACACAUAAUGUGACUGUGACCUGACUGCAAGUGUUCGACAGGUAAAUAUAUGUUACGGUGACCUAACUGCAGGUUCCCACACAUAAACAUAAUGUGUCUAAUACCUGACUGCAAGUGUUCCACACACAGAAUGUGACUGUGACCUGACUGCAAGAGUUCCACAGGUAAAUAGAAUGUUACUGUGACCUGACUGCAACUGUUCGACACAUAUGGAGAAUGUGAAUGUGACUUCACUGCACAGUGAAUUUGUUUCACAGAUAUACAGAAUGUGACCUGACUUCAGGUGUUCCAGACAUUAACAUAAUGUGACUGUGAAUUGACUGCAGGUGUUCCAGACAAUAAAAUAAUGUGACUGUGAAUUGACUACAGGUGUUCCACACAUAAUGUAACUGUGACCUGACUGCAGGUGUUCUAGACGUUAACAUAAUGUGACUGUGAAUUGACUGCAGGUGUUCCACACACAGGAUGUGACAAUGACCUGACUGCAGACAGGUACAUUAACAUUGAGUUCAGGUUUAAGUGUUUACAGAUCAUGAUAAUGAUUAACAAUUAUCACAGAAUAAUGGAGCAUGUGGAAAAUAAGGGAGUUGAUAGAGGCUGAGAUGUAUACAUGUUUUUUUUUAUAUUUUCCAUGGAUUCUAAUUUGUUAAUUAAACUUUGUCAUACCAGU